AUGAGACCUAUUUUGCUUGCGGGCCAUGAACGGUCCCUCAACCAGAUCAAAUUCAACCGCGACGGCGAUCUUCUAUUCUCGGUAGCCAAAGACAAGAUUGUGUGCGCUUGGUGGUCAGCCAACGGUGAACGACUUGGUACCUACGCCGGACAUCUCGGUGCUAUCUGGACUGUCGAUGUCAGCCCCAACACUAUUCUCCUCGCGACCGGCUCUGCAGACAACUCCGUGCGCUUAUGGAACGUUAAGACUGGCGAGUGCGUGAAGGUGUGGGAGUUCCCUACAGCCGUUAAGCGGGUCGAAUUCACUCCGGAUGGAAGCAAACUUCUGGCCGUGACGGAGAAGCGUAUGGGUUUUCUGGGUACGAUCAAUGUGCUGGAUAUCAACUACGACGAUGAUUUCACGAACCAGGCCGAAGAGCCCAGCCUGAAGAUUACCUGCACAGAGAGCAAGGCCACAGUUGCCGGGUGGAGUUAUCUGGCCAAGUACAUCAUCGCUGGUCACGAAGAUGGAAGUGUCAGCCAGUACGAUGGAAAGACCGGUGAGCAGCUGGAAAACGUCCAGGCCCACGAGUUCGACCACCAGAUCAACGAUCUCCAAUUCUCCCCCGACCGCACCUACUUCCUCACUGCCUCCAAGGACAAGUCCGCCAAGCUCAUGUCCGCCCGUAACCUCGCCAUCAUGAAGACCUACGUCGCCGACACACCACUGAACAGCGCCGCCAUCACACCCAAGAAAGAUUACGUGAUUCUAGGAGGUGGUCAAGCCGCCAUGGAUGUCACGACAACAUCCGCCCGCCAGGGUAAAUUCGAGGCUCGCUUCUACCACAAGGUUUUCGAGGACGAGAUCGGCCGUGUCAGGGGUCACUUCGGCCCUCUCAACACUAUCCACGUCCACCCCGCCGGCACCGCCUACGCCUCAGGCGGAGAGGACGGUUACGUCCGUGUGCACCACUUCGACAAGCCCUACUUUGACUUUAUGUACGAGGUCGAGAGGGAGCAACUGAGACGGUGA